CCUUCUCUCAACCUCUAAAGCUGGAUAGCAUAGCGACCGCCUCAUGGCAGCUAUAUAUACACCUCCACUCUUUCCCACCCAGUUUGCCAAACAGAAUAAGGUGUCUGGAUUUCAACGACACUUUCCUCUCCUUUGAACAUAUCAGGGCCUCUUUUCCUCAGUACACAGUCAAGUGCAAGGCUGGAUGAAGUCGGUAAACAAGUCCCACCUUUCAAGCUCACAUUUCCAGAGCAGCAAGAGAGGCAGUCUCAGAAGCGAAGGUUGGCAGCCCGAGAUGAGGCCCCACCCGGCCAGGGAGGGGAGGAGGAGGGGGAGGAGGACGUGCUACUGGUGGAACCUUACACCAUUCCCAACAGGGGCCCUUACCCAUACAACCAACCCAAGAAGAACGCCAUUCCAUUCACUCCGACACAGGUGGAGGCCAUCAACAGUGGCAUGCAGCCAGGGCUCACUCUGGUGGUAGGACCUCCGGGGACGGGCAAGACUGACGUGGCUGUCCAAAUCAUUUCAAACCUCUACCACAACUUCCCCGAACAGCGAACUCUCCUGGUGACCCACUCCAACCAGGCCCUCAACCAGCUGUUUGAGAAGAUCAUGGCUCUGGACAUUGACGAACGCCACCUCCUCAGGCUCGGUCACGGGGAGGAAGAGUUGCAGACAGAGAAAGACUUCAGCAGGUUUGGCCGAGUCAACUUCAUUCUGGCCCUGAGGCUGGAACUUCUCAAAGAAGUAGAGCGACUGCAGGGGAGUCUAGACGUGGCUGGUGAUGUGGCUUACACCUGCGAGACAGCCGGCCACUUCUACCUGUACCAAGUCCUCUCUCGCUGGGAGCAGUACGCCAACAAGAUCAAACCUCUGGCAAAGAAGGGAUGUUUCCGCCACCUGAGCAAGAUCUUCAAGCAGCUGGAGGAGUUCCGUCCGUUUGAGUUGCUGCGUAGUUCUCGUGACCGCAUCCACUAUCUCCUGGUGAAGGAGGCGAAGGUGAUUGCCAUGACCUGCACCCACGCUGCCCUCAAGAGGAAAGACCUCGUGGAACUGGCCUUCAAGUAUGACAAUGUGUUGAUGGAGGAGUCUGCCCAGAUUCUGGAGGUCGAAUCAUUCAUUCCCCUCAUGCUACAGAAUCCACAGGAUGGCUAUAAUCAGCUGAAAAGGGUCAUCAUGAUAGGAGACCACCACCAGUUGCCACCAGUUGUGCAGAACAUGGCCUUCCAGAAGUACUCCAACAUGGAGCAGAGUAUGUUUGCUCGGUUUGUGAGACUCAGAGUCCCCACGGUGCAGCUGGAUGCUCAGGGCAGAGCCAGACCUGCCCUCUGCCAGCUCUACAACUGGAGGUACAAGACUCUGGGAGACUUGCCACAUGUGACGGAGUGGCCAGAGUACCGGGUGGCCAACCCCGGCUUUGCCUUCCUCUACCAGCUGGUGGACGUGGGGGACCUCAAUGGAGUGGGAGAGAGGCUACCCCCCGAGCGAAUCGCCAUCCUCACCACCUACAACGGCCAGAAACAUCUUCUGAGAGAUGUCCUCAACAAGAGAUGUGCCAACAACCCCGUCUUUGGCCUCCCAGAGAAGGUGACAACGGUGGACCGAUACCAGGGCCAGCAGAACGACUACAUCAUCCUGUCGCUGGUGCGCACCAAGAACGUCGGUCACCUGCGAGACGUGCGGCGUCUGGUGGUGGCCAUGUCCCGUGCCCGCCUGGGACUCUACGUUCUGGCCAGAGUGAGCCUCUUCCAGGGCUGCACCGAGCUACAACCUGCCUUCCAGCUGUCUGGUGCCCCUCCGGAGGGCGAGGUGUUUGUUGUGGGCUCCAUGACCCAGCUGGCCCACUACGUCUAUACAGACUACCAGAUGAGGAUUGACACGCUCAGGGCCGCUGCUCUCCAGAAACACAAGGAUGAAGCCGAGAAGACGGAAGAGAUAAAGGAAGGAGAGGAGGGAGUUAGGGUAGGGUGUGAAGAGGAGAGGGUGAAAGAAGAGUCCUCUGCUGAAGGUGACAUUGGCAAGGAAGAGAAACAAGUGAAAGAAGAGUCCUCCGCUGAAGGUGACAUUGGCAAGGAAGAGAAACAAGUGAAAGAAGAGUCCUCCGCUGAAGGUGACAUUGGCAAGGAAGAGAAGCAAGAAGAAAGUGUUACGGAAGAACAAACGGCCAAUGAGCAGGAUGUUGAAGAGAAAAUGGACACUUGA